AUGUCUCGUUUUUCAUUGAUUGCAAUUGUGUUUCUUUUAAGUGUUGCAUCCUCGUAUGCAGCUAAAGUUAAAGUUGUGGAUGUUGCAACCAUUUGCAAGCAAUCCUAUAACGCUACCUAUUGUUUAGAACUUUUCAAAUCAAAACCAAGUGGUGUAAAAGGAGACCUCGUUAGCCUUGCACAAUACGCUACUGAUGUUCUUCGUACCAAAAUAACCAAAGCAGUCGAUCUAAUCAACAAACUAAGUUCAAGCACUAGUGAUCCUGCCGCAAAAGAAUAUUACGAUAAUUGUUAUGUGGAUUUUGGUCCCGAAGGAGCACUUUCUGAGGUUAGCGCAAUUCAAACACAAUUAAAGAAAGGAGAUUACGCUAAUGUGGAUUCAGGUGCAAGUUUUAUAAUGACCGAUGUUGGUGAUUGUUUCCCUGAAGAUUUUACCGAUACCUCUUUGAUUCAAAAAUAUGUUGGUGAAGUCACAGAUAUUGCUCAGAUUAUCCGUGCUGUGACACAUUUUUUGACGAGUUAG